AUGACCAACGCCGUCAACCUCGACACGGACGUCAUCGCCCGUGCCGGUCUGGCCGACCCUGAGCACAGCAACCCCGGCAAUAAGUCCCUUGAUGUCUCCCGUGAGAAGGAGACCCUCAAGGAGACCCUCGAGGCUCAUGACGCCAACUCGAGCUCCGACGAUGAUGAGUGGUGGCCCGACAAGCCUACCGAGGAGGAGCUGCGCACUCUGCGCCGUGUCUCCGGCCCCAUCAAGUGGUCCAUGUGGACGAUCGCCUUCGUAGAACUGUGCGAGCGUUUCUCCUACUACGGAUCCUCGGUGCUCUACACCAACUUCAUCAAGAACCCUCUCCCCGAUGGAUCCACCACCGGCUCUCCCAUCAUCACCGAUGGCAAGCCCGGUGCUCUGGGCAUGGGUGCCAGAGCCGCCCAGGCUUUGACCCUCUUCAACCAGUUCUUCGCCUACCUCAUGCCUCUUCUUGGUGCCUGGAUUGCUGAUGCCCGCAUGGGUCGUUUCUGGACUCUCCACCUGGCCAUUGGUAUCUCUACCAUUGCCCACGUUAUCCUCGUCAUCUCUUCCAUCCCCGACGUCAUCGUCAAGCCCGACGGAGCCUUCGCUGCCUUCAUCAUUGGUCUUCUCUGCCUCUGUGUCGGUACCGGUUUCUUCAAGGCCAACGUCUCUCCCCUGCUUGCUGAGCAGAAUGAGGACAGCCGCAUGCGUGUUGAGGAGCGCAACGGCGAGCGUGUCAUUGUUGACCCCGCUGUGACCAACACCCGUGUCUUCCUGUACUUCUACUUCUGUAUCAACCUGGGUUCUUGCAGUGGACAGAUCGCCAUGGUCUGGGUCGAGAAGCUCCACAGCUUCUGGCUGGCCUUCCUCAUCCCCACCAUCCUGUUCCUCACCUCCCCCUUCGUUCUCUGGUCCCAGAAGAAGAAUUACAAGCUCACUCCCCCCACCGGCUCCCUGCUCUCCAAGUUCCUGCGCAUGUUCUGGUACGUCCGCAGCCGCUCCAAGGCCUUCAAGUUCGACUGGGAUGUCGCCAAGCCCUCUGGCAUCCCCACUGCUGAGCGCCCUGCCUGGAUGACCUACGAUGACGCCUGGGUCGACGAAGUCCGCCGUGGUCUCAUGGCCUGCAAGGUCUUCCUCUUCCUGCCCGUCUUCUUCCUCGCCUACAACCAGAUGACCGGUAACCUGACCAUUCAGGCCGGCACCAUGGAGCUCCACGGCGUCCCCAACGAUAUCAUCCAGAACCUCAACCCUAUCUCUAUCGUCAUCAUGGUCCCCAUCUUCGACCACGUCGUCUACCCCGGCCUCCGCAAGAUCGGCCUCUCCGCCACCCCCAUCAAGCGUAUGACCGCCGGUUUCAUCGUCGCCGCCCUCUCCAUGGUCGCCGCCGCCGUCAUGCAGUACUACAUCUACGAGAUGAACCCCGACUGCGGCUGGUACGUCACCGACGGCAAGUCCCCCAAGACGGGCGAGACCUGCCCCCCCGCCCCCAUCAACGUCUGGGCCCAGUCCCUGCCCUACAUCCUCGUCGGUAUCGCCGAGAUCCUCACCAACGUCACCUCCUACGAGUACGCCUUCUCCAAGGCCCCCGAGAACAUGAAGUCCCUCGUCAUGAGCGUCAACCUCUUCAUGAGCGCCGUCUCCGCCGCCAUCGGCCAGGCCUUCGUGCCUCUCUCCGGCGACCCCCUCCUCGUCUGGAACUACACCACCGUCGCCUGCAUCGCCUUCGUUGGUGGUGUUGCUUUCUGGUUCUCCUUCCGCCACCUCGACGCCGACGAGGACAAGUGGAACAUGCUCAAGAAGUCCGAGUACCUCGGACAGAACCAGCCCACCGAGACCGCCGCCUCCAAGCAGGUCGAGGCAUAA